AUGAUCUCCUCAACCUUGUUCAAUCUUGCCUCUAUUGCGAGUGUCGCUUUCGCUGCAGCUGAUUGUACAGGAAUCAAUGCGGUUGCCCCUCAAUGUGUUUCGCAGGAAGCAUUACAUUAUCGUGACUUCUUCUACAUCGGAGGACGCUACGUGGCUGGAGCUGCUGGCAAUCUCACCUACGAUCAGCUCUAUGUGGAGAAGCUUACUCCUGCGGCUGGUGUGAACCAGAGCAAACCUGUCGUAUUAUUUCAUGGUGGUGGCACUUCUGGCGUAACAUGGCUUAAUACACCCGACAACCGCAAAGGUUUCGCAUCUCAUCUCUUGGACUAUGGGUAUCAAGUCUAUAUCGUCGAUCAGACCAGCGUUGGAAGAGGUAGCGCGGAGAACCUCAACGAUUAUGUUAUGCGCAUUGGCUCCACUGCCGAGAUCACUGAAAAGGGGUUCACUGCUCCUGAACUUACCAACGCAUACCCGCAAUCUCAGCAGCACACUCAAUGGCCUGGUUCAGGAGUGAAGGGUGAUCCUGUUUUCGACGCUUUCGAAUCGACAUUUAUUCCCUUGACCAGCAAUUUGACUGUUCAGGAGCUCUCUAUGAGAUCCUCGGGAUGUCAAUUACUUUCUCUCAUCGGCCCGUCGUUCUUGAUCUCUCACUCGAUCGGAGCUUUGCACCCUCUGCUCCUGUCCAACGACUGUCCUUCCUUGGUUGCUGGCAAUAUCAACCUGGAGCCUGGAAACAUUCCCUUCCAAUCGUAUGUUGGAAACACCACCUCCUCUGUCGGCCGUACGUCCGCUCGUCCGUGGGGCAUGACCAAUACCCAUGUCACAUAUGAACCUGCCAUCAGUAACUCUUCCGAGCUUACUUACGAGCUCGUUGGAGACGAUACACCUGCCAAGCGCAGCUGUUACAUGCAGACUGGCACGAUCCACAAGCUCACUGAGAUUGCCAAGGUCAAGUACGUAGCUCUGACUGGCAGUGCUAGCCCUCACAUCACAUACGAGCAUUGCGUUAUCGACUUCCUGGAACAAGCUGGUGUUGCUACUGAGUGGAUCAAGCUUGCUGACAAGGGCAUAACUGGUAACGGCCACUUCGGCUAUCUCGAGAAGAACAGCCCUCAGAUCGCUGGAGUCGUUCACGAAUGGGUUCAAUCCAACUGUUGA